AUGAACUCUUACAAUACCAUAACACUUAGAAACCGACCUCUAUCGAGGGAAUCAAAACCUGUUCCAAUUGUAUUGACAAUUGCAGGGUCUGAUCCUUCUGGAGGGGCAGGAAUUGAAGCUGAUUUGAAAACCUUUAGUUCAUUUGGGGUCUUUGGAGCAACAUGUAUAGUUGCUUUGACGGCACAGAAUACCAAAGGGGUCAAUUCCAUCUCCAAGACGUCAGAAAUAUUGGUUAACGAGAUUUUGGAGUCAAUUUUCGACGAUUAUCUCCAAUCUGAUGGUUCAAGUAGAUUGCGGACAAUCAAGACAGGAAUGCUUACCCAAGAAGCGGUAAAAGUAUUGGAAGGUAAAAUUGACUUGUUAGAUAAAGAAGAUGUCAAAUUAGUGGUUGACCCAGUGAUGGUAAGUACAUCUGGAGCUUCAUUAUUUAAGGAAGAGGAUAUGCAACAAUGUGUCACAACUCUACUUAAACAUGCAUAUUUGGUAACCCCAAAUUUUGAAGAAGCACUAGUAUUAUAUUCCUUGAGUAAUAGUGACGGAUCCAAAGAUCUGAACAUCAAAUCAGUCCAAGACUUUGUAGAUUUUACAAUUAAUUUGCAACAAUCAUUAAAAUGUGAAAAUAUUCUCGUUAAAGGUGGCCAUAUUCCUUGGGAUGCAAAUGAUAAACCAAUCAAUGGAAAAGAUUUCAAAAGUGCCACCAAAGUGAGAGAUGUCUUAUAUGAAUCUAGUUCAGGUACAGUUACGAUUUUUGAAUCUGAAUUUAUACAUUCUCAAAACACUCAUGGUACUGGAUGUACAUUAUCAUCGUCAAUUGCUGCUAAUAUCGCCAAAGGGAAAAAUCUUCGUGAUUCAUUGAUAAUCUCAAUUGAUUAUCUUCACCAAGGGUUGGAUAGCAUGACCAAAAUUGGGCAUGGUAAUGGGCCAUUAAAUCAUAACGUUAUCCCUGAACAAGAUAUUUCAUCUCUCACCAAAAGUGUCCUUUCAAACCCCGUAUCUGUUUCAAAUAAGAUAAAAGAGGAAUAUGACUCCUUUUUGGAUUUCUUUAAAAGCCAACCUUUAGUGGUGCCAUACUGGAAGAAAUAUAUUGAGCAUCCUUUCGUCAAUCAAGUUGCAACAAAUCAAUUACCAUUUGACAAGUUUCUAUAUUUUUUGAAACAAGAUUAUUUUUACUUAAUUAAUUAUGCUCAAGUGCAAUGUUUAGCUGCAUCAGUGGCUCCAACUUACCAAGAAACUUUAGCUACUUCCAAGGUAGUGGAAGCAAUUGUAACUGAAAUUGAAAAGCAUAAAGUGAAGUUGCAUAAAAAAUAUGAUGUUGAUUAUGAUUCAAAUUCUGAUAAUGAUUUACGCCCAGGGAAAGCUUGUAUAAACUAUUGCACUUAUUUGCUUGAGAUUGGGAAAAAAGAAGACUAUAUUGGGAUUAAAACUGCUAUUGCUCCAUGUUUGUUCGGAUACUACGAAGCAGGUGUCAUUGGACAAGAAAGAAGACAAAGAAGAGAUUAUGAUUUGGGAUCUCUUUCAAAUAAAGAAGAAUCAGAAGUAUAUGGAAGUUGGAUUGAUGAAUAUACUCUGGAUUGGUACCGUGAAGCCUACGAGGUAGGAAAAGUAGGAUUGGACAAAUACCUCAAUGAACAUGAUAUUUCACAAGAAAGAGUUGACCAAUUGACGCAUAUUUUUGCAGAAGUCACAAAGCUUGAAGUUGCGUUUUGGGAUGAAGUAUUAGAUUUAGAGUGA